AUGUCUCUUAAUAACUAUCUUGAACAUUCACAAAAUUCUACACCUACCUUAAUUAAAUUGAGUAGUGAUUCUAAUAAUGAUGAACAAACUUUUAAACGUGACAAGAAACAAAUCUAUUGCAAACUAUGCAAAACAAAUUAUGGACUCAAAACUGAAAUUAGUACAAUAAAAUGUCAUUUUGAAGCCAACUAUAAAGCUGAAUAUGCCCAUACUCUUCUUCAAUUAUCACAGACUAUAGAUUAUUAUGGUGUUCAUGAUGAAAGUAAAGUAAAAAAAUUGAAUGGUCUUUUCCAAAACAAUCUUCAACCUGAAUGA